CUUAGUAUUUUCUAUCAAUCACAAGGCGUUUUGAGUAGUUACAUAUAUAUUUUUUUUGAGAAUACAUAAUACUUAGUAAAUAAACAAGUAAAUCAUUUAUCCUUAUAAUGGAUAGUGAUAAUCAAUCGUGUCGCCAUUUUUCACUUGACUCAACGUCAUCAACUCAAUCGGAUCGUCCGCAGACCACAAAUAAAAAGAAGGCAAAGAAGACUCCAGGGAAGCCAGAAUCAGAGGUGCAGAUAUCGCCACCAUGCUCCGAUAUCAUAACAUCGUCGACAUCAUCCUCAUCGACCACAAUAUCGAUGCGUGCUCUGGACUCUGAUAGUCGCGUGCCAAAGGGUGCUAUAAAAAACAUGAUUUUGGGGCUGAUGAGGAUCUUGGGGAAGAAGCAGUCAUAUGAUUCUCUUCGCAUGUUUGUUACAUUCAAUGAGCGUGUUGAGCAAUUGCAAUUCUAUUGGAAUCAAGCCGGCUUCAUCAUUAGCAAGAAUGAUAUUUUUCAAUUGGCAAGUUCCAUUAAUCGUUUGCAAACUCAUCCAUCGAUAAUGCAAUGUCGCUUCUGGGGUUGUAUUUAUGGUUUGAAGAGUUCCUAUUACAUCGUCGAAGCUUCGCUGACACGUGACGAAAUGUUAUCACGUUUAAAUAUGAUGGAGGAUGAGAUGCGCGAAAAGCAGCUACCGUUUAAGAUGCGGAAGAAUCAAGAGUAUAAACCCAAGCCAGCGCAUAUUGGACCCGAGCUAACUCCAGGAAUCUAUGGUUGGGAGAAUAUUGAUCCUGACGAUUUGGCGAAAAUGACACCAAAAGCUGAGCCGGUGCCCUUAGCGGAAGAGAUCGAAUUCUAUGACAUUCCACCCGAGUUUAUCGGUCGCGGCUGCAAUCGAUUCUCAUACUUUGUGGUCAAUAGUCUCUAUGAUGAUUGGAUUGAAUUGCCAAUUGUAACGCCUCGCCAAAUUAUUGUCUCGCGUCACAUCAAAAAGUUUUUCACUGGUGACUUGGAGGCAGAUGUCGUCUCGUAUCCCUGUUUUCCCGGCAAAGAGAAGCAUUACUUGCGUGCAAUGAUUGCUCGCAUCUCCGCGGGAACUCACAUAGCCCCGCAGGGAUAUUACAGACGCAUGACGAAGAAGGAAAAGGAUCUGUACGAUGGGAUCAAUAUGGAUGAGAUGGAAGAAGAGGGAGAGGAGGAAGAAAACUACAACGAGGGCGAAGAAGAUCAACUGCCAGAUAACGAUGUCAUGCUUAUGAAGAAUGAACGUUUUGAGAUUGAGCCAUUGAGCACUUUGGCAACUCCCAUUGCUUGGGUGCAUUGCCGACCAAACAUAUUAAACCAGGGACGGAUUGUUUGGUUCGAUGAAGAAAAGGCAAGUAAAGAGCGGGAAAGACAACUGACUUUAUACUUAAAGAUGCGACUGAUGGAAGAGAUGGAAGAGGAGGCAGAAGAGGAGGAGGCUGAAGCUGAAGAAGAGGGCGAUGAAGAAGAAAUGCUUACAGGUUUUAUUCACGCAGAAAUAGGACCAGACAUCCUGUCAUCCUGUGGAAACGAUAUGAAUACAGAGUGCCCAUCUCCCUGGCUCGUACGCUUUACCAGCAAGUAUACUAAUCUGAAGGAACGAUUGUUGAUCAUACAAUCGAAUCUGUGGCCUGGAGCAUUCACAUUCCUAUUUGAAAACACUUGUGAAUCUAUUUAUUUGGGAUGGGGACACAAAUUCUGUAGACGAAAUAUACCGUUUAAUCAUUUACCAAAAGUACAAGAGGAGUUUCCUCAUGGAAGCGAAGACUUCAUUGAAUCAACCGAUCCAUCCGUCGAAGAAGAGUUGGCCUACAAUGAGUGGCUGCUCAACAAACAGAAGCGGCCCACUGAACUCGGCGAAGAUGGCAACGAAUACGACAUGGAAGAGGAUGAUGAUCAGUAUGGCGAUGACGACGAUUAGAGCGAGACUCAUUAACAAUAAUAAUCAAUUAUGCCGCCGUGUACAUACAUAUUAUUUUGUUAAUUUGAGUGAAUGAAUAAAUAGAAUCACAAUAUUGUCGUGAUGCCCACAUUUGUUACAG